CUCUUUGGACCAUACUCCAAUUCCCUUCUUCAUUGAGAGGCGCUGUGUCCCAUAGACCAACGGAGGAAAGCAAGGGAGAACAGCAGAGAAGAGAAAAGCACCAAAUCAAACAAGGGUUUUGCUCUGCUUGUUCGCCAUGGCGAUGGCAAGCUUUGCCAGACGAAAGGCUACAGCCCUCUUCUCCAAGAACCUCUAUGGUUCUUCUGAUGCUCUCAGAUUCUCUUUCUCGCUGACUAGGGGUUUCGCCUCCUCGGGAUCCGAGGAGAACGACGUCGUCGUGAUCGGAGGCGGUCCCGGCGGCUAUGUCGCCGCCAUCAAGGCUGCUCAGCUCGGCCUCAAGACCACUUGCGUCGAGAAGCGCGGCACUCUUGGCGGCACGUGCCUCAACGUCGGCUGCAUCCCUUCUAAGGCGCUUCUUCAUUCCUCCCACUUGUACCAUGAAGCUAAGCAUUCAUUUGCCAGCCAUGGAGUGAAGUUUCCUUCUGUUGAGGUUGAUCUACCUGCUAUGAUGGCUCAAAAAGAUAAAGCUGUAGCAAAUCUAACACGGGGUAUUGAAGGUCUCUUCAAGAAAAACAAAGUGAAUUAUGUAAAAGGCUACGGCAAGUUUGUCUCCCCCUCCGAAGUUUCUGUUGACACCCUUGAUGGUGGGAACACUGUUGUGAAAGGCAAGAACAUCAUAAUUGCUACUGGAUCUGAUGUCAAGUCUCUACCUGGCAUUACCAUUGAUGAGAAAAAAAUUGUAUCAUCAACUGGAGCUUUGGCUUUGACAGAAAUUCCCAAGAAACUUGUCGUCAUUGGCGCAGGCUAUAUUGGCCUGGAGAUGGGUUCGGUCUGGUGUCGACUUGGCUCAGAAGUCACUGUCGUUGAAUUUGCAUCAGACAUUGUUCCAACCAUGGAUGGUGAAAUCCGUAAGCAAUUUCAACGAUCCCUUGAAAAGCAAAAAAUGAAGUUCAUGCUCAAAACGAAGGUUGUAGGGGUCGAUACCUCUGGAGAUGGUGUGAAGUUGACCCUCGAACCAGCAGCUGGUGGUGACCAGAGCACACUUGAAGCUGAUGUUGUUCUUGUUUCAGCUGGUAGGAGUCCGUUCACAAACGGACUUGGGCUGGACAAGAUUGGGGUUGAAACUGAUAAGAUUGGACGGAUUCCGGUUGAUAAACGAUUUUCUACUAAUGUGCAGGGUGUUUACGCCAUCGGGGACGUGAUCCCUGGACCAAUGCUAGCCCACAAGGCAGAAGAGGAUGGGGUUGCUUGUGUGGAGUUCAUUGCAGGCAAGGAAGGUCAUGUGGACUACGAUAAGGUGCCUGGGGUGGUUUAUACGCAUCCAGAGGUGGCAUCUGUUGGAAAAACAGAGGAGCAAGUGAAAGAACUCGGGGUCAGUUAUCGUGUUGGGAAGUUCCCUUUCUUGGCAAACAGCAGGGCCAAGGCCAUCGAUGAUGCUGAAGGUUUGGUUAAGAUAGUGGCUGAGAAGGAAACCGAUGAGAUCUUGGGAGUCCAUAUCAUGGCACCCAAUGCUGGAGAACUCAUUCACGAGGCAGUUUUGGCAUUGCAAUAUGGAGCAUCGAGUGAGGAUAUUGCACGAACCUGCCAUGCUCAUCCAACAAUGAGCGAAGCAUUGAAAGAAGCUGCUAUGGCCACAUAUGACAAGCCCAUUCACAUCUAGAAUUGCUGGGUAUUACUGUGUUAUUCAUGUUCUGAUUUUUGUUUUAAGAAUUUUGGAAUGAUCCCAUUUCUUGCUCAUCUUUCAUCCAAGCAGAUCAAGCGUUUUGAAUAGGAACUUGCUGUUCAUUUUUUCCCCUCAUUCACAAUGACAGAAUAACUCUGUAUGCUUCUUUUCUCAUCUGCGUGUUUGUAAGCAAUAAUACAUGAGGUAGGGUUUUACCA